AUGCAGAGCGAGACGUCUUACACGGACGAGAAGGGAGAGAAGAUGAGCCCCGAAACUCUGAGACAGCUCCUGAGGAAAGCCGGAUCCCCGGAGCGGGAAGCCCUCUUGCGAAAGCUUGAGACCAACGCGCGUCAGACGUUCAAGGUCGGCAAACUCAACCUGGUGGAUCUAGCGGGCUCCGAGCGUGUGCGGUUGUCUGGCGCCACUGGGCAGCGUUUGCGAGAGAGCAAAAAGAUCAACCAGUCGUUGUCGGCCCUUGGGAAUGUCAUAUCGGCGCUAACCGACCACCGGGGCAGGCAGCACAUCCCGUACCGCGAUUCGAAGCUCACUCGAAUCCUAGAAGACAGCCUCGGCGGAAACUGCAAAACGACCAUGAUGGCAAUGAUUAGCCCGGCGCUGGAGAGCAUGGUAGAGACCCUAUCGACAGUGAAGUUCGCGAGCAGAGCCAAGAACAUCAAGAACCAGCCCAUCGUCAACGAGGACUUCGACCAAAAGUCGUUGCUGAGGAAGUACGAGAGAGAGUUGAAACGCCUAAGGGCGGAGCUCGAGGAGCGAAGCCGCAACUUGGUGGACAAGCGGCAGCUGCUGUUCGUCGAGGGGGAGAGGAGGCGCGCAGAGGCUGAUAAAAUGGCCGCAAUCCGGGCGCUUGAGGAACGCUCCUUGGAGUUCCAGCGGGAGAAGGAAGAGAAGAGGCUCCUGGAAGGGCGCAUCGCAAUGCUCACCGGCCAAAUGAUCGGGAGGGGCAGACGCUCAGACGGCGGCACUGAGGGGGUGGACUACGCCGACCGCUUAGCGGACCUCGAGCGAGAGCGCAACACCAUUGAGCUGGAAAAGGAGCAGGUGGAGAGGUAUAAGCAACUGCUCAUGAAACAAAGAGACAUCAUGAUAGCCUUAACCCAACGCCUGAACGAGAGGGACGAUGCGGUGAGCUUGCAGGAACUCCGGCAACAUGCUUGGUUCCACAUCUUUACAAAAAGAGACCAACAAUGCCGCCGGACCUGA